GGUUUCUGUUGUGAAUUCGUCGCAUUUGAACGAAGAUGUUGGUGAGAGGAGUCGUCAAACGUUGUCUUCUUGGACUCAGACAUGUCUCCGGACGAGGACAGGUGCUGUCUGCGGCCGCUGCAAGAUUGCAGCACACUCAGCCCGAGCAGUCUGCCCAGCCGGGCCACUCGACCCGACGGGAGACCUCCAGCGCCAAGACCCUGAUGGACAUCGGCACACGUCGGAUCUUCAAUGAAGACCACGACAUGUUUAGAGAGAGCGUCCGGCGCUUCUUUCAAGAGGAAGUGGUCCCGCACCACAAAGAGUGGGAGAAGGCGGGUCAGGUGAGCAGGGAGGUGUGGGAGAAGGCCGGGGAGCAAGGCCUGCUGGGAGUUAUGGUACCAGAGGAGCACGGUGGCAUCGGAGGAGACCUGCUUUCCACGGUCGUCACAUGGGAGGAGCAAAUGUACAGCAACUGCUCAGGCCCCGGUUUCGCGUUGCACUCUGACAUCGUGAUGCCUUAUCUCGUCAACUACGGUAGCAAGAAACAGAUCGAUCGCUUCAUUCCCCAGAUGAUGGCUGGGAAAUGCAUCGGUGCCAUCGCCAUGACGGAGCCAGGAGCAGGCAGUGAUCUCCAGGGCGUUAGGACGUACGCCAAGAAGGACGGCAGCGACUGGAUCCUGAACGGCAACAAGGUGUUCAUCACCAACGGCUGGAUGUCUGACCUGGUGGUGGUGGUGACCGUGACCAACCGCGAGGCCAAGACGGCGGCGCACGGCAUCAGCCUGUUCCUGGUCGAGAACGGCAUGAAGGGCUUCCAGAAGGGCCGCAAGUUGGAGAAGAUCGGCCUGAAGGCCCAGGACACGGCUGAGCUGUUCUUUGAGGAUGUGCGUCUCCCGGCUGACGCCCUCUUGGGGGAACUCAACAAAGGGUUCUACUACCUGAUGAACGAACUGCCACAGGAGCGCCUUAUGAUUGCCGACAUGGCUGUAUCGAGCGCCGAGUUCAUGUUUGAGGAAACCAGGAACUAUGUGUUGCAGCGGAAGGCUUUUGGCAAGACAGUCGCUCACCUACAGACGGUGCAGCACAAGCUGGCAGAGCUGAAGACUGAGAUCUGUGUGGGCCGAUCCUUCGUCGAUAACUGCCUUCAGCUCCACGCUGAGAAACGCCUGGAUCCCGCCACCGCCUCCAUGGCCAAGUUUUGGGGGUCGGACCUCCAGAACCGGGUGGCCAAUCAGUGCCUGCAGCUCCACGGAGGCUGGGGCUACAUGUGGGAAUACCCCAUCGCCAAGGCGUUCGUGGACUCCCGCGUCCAGCCCAUCUACGGAGGCACCAACGAGAUCAUGAAGGAGCUCAUCGCUCGCACCAUCGUGGGCCAGAAGUGAGACACGUGGAGGGUUCACAGUGGAGAAGGGUUUUCGUAGCUGGCACUUGGUGUGGAAAAGGUUUAGAGAGUGUGAAUGUGAUCACGAACAGCCUUGAAUGUAGCGAAAUGAUGCUUGAAUUGUUCCAGGAAGUAGUGGAGUUAAAGCAAGAGUCUAACGUCUUCCUCUCACAGGUUAAAGGUGCACUUGAUCACAUUGAGUGAUUAUUUCCUCAUUAUCCGCUAUGGGGACAGAAAAUCUAGCGAAAUAAGCUCGCCUCAGUGUUUCUAAAAGGUAUUGACCCUUUUUUGACAAGAGGUUAUAAAACAUGUCAAAUUAAAACUGAUUUCUAGAAUAAAAUAAAAGUUUUCACCCUGAAAAUACUGAAGCUAGUCGAUGCAUUUUGGUUGCAGUGACAGCAUCACGCCUGUGUGGAUCGGCCUCCUUUAGCCUUGUACGCUGUGAUUUUAUGCAAUUUUUCUUUGCAAAACUGCUCAAGCUUUGUCAGUUCGCUAAGGGAUUGUUUUCAAAUCCAGCCUCAAAUCUUUAAUCAGAUCGAGGCCUAGGCACUGACUCGGCCACGAGGGACAUUCAACUUGUCUUUAAAACAUUUCUUCGCCUGUGUGCUUUGAAUCAUGAUCUACCUGGAAAACAAAUAAUAGUUGUCUCGCAGACUGCAUCUAGGAUCUCUUGACAGCUUACUGCAUUAAUUUUACUGAUAUUACAAGCAUUCGAGGGCCUGCUGCCAUAACCACAUUAUGAUGAUGCCACUGUCGUGCAUGUUCAGAGUCUUCUACAUGCUUUCUGGUGAACUGAAGCUUUGACUGGUAAAGAACCAAGGAAACAGUUCAGCACCUAACGGAUUUUUUUUCUUCAGCAUAGUAGCAACAUCAGCAACCAGACACCUCAUUUAACUUUGACUUCAUGGAAUACAUUUCAAGGUACAGCCAUACUUGUUCUUCUAUGACCGAUAGCUGAUGUCUAACCCAAACUUUAAAAUGCUGUUUACAUGACUGUAGGUUUACUGACUUCAUGACUGUUUUCUCUUUGCGCUACAGCUCCUCUACAUUUUAGCACCGUCCUGUAAUUGUUCUUCGUGGCCACUGUUCAGCUAAAGUUGUCACAGAUUUGCUUGUGUGACGUCAUUUGAAUCGAACAUUCCCUCUACGUAGAGUCGAAAAAGCACCGAUUGCUCAACAGUUUCUCAACUAAGCCCUUAUCGAAUAUACAUCACCACCUGCCUUUUUUGUCAGUGUCACUGCAGUGAUUGUUGUUGUAUUGCACAUGUACUGAAAGCUAUUUUUGUAAAUGAAACUGUCAUUUUUGUGUCCACCUGAUGAAACUAAUCUGCUUUUUCUGGCCAGUGUUAAUCAGAAAUAUCGAACAGGAGCGAUUUUGUCACUCGUGCACAGCAUUGAGAACGUCAGAUUAAAGUAAUGUGAGCUCAUCUGAA